GAAAGGUCCCCGACGGAAGAAUUAUCCCGAAAAGAAUCCAUAUUUUCGGUAUUCGACAGCCGCUGUGCGUUUCAAAUGAAUCUGAAGAGAAUAGGGGACCGCUUGAGUUUUCCCGUUCACACAGUGGCAAAACAUCAAAACCUAGGAGGAUCACGUUUACGGCUUUGUACAACGGAAGAAUUCUUGUUUUGUUUCGUAUUUUAUCUGAUUUCGGGAUUUUAGUCUCUGCCACGGGGGAAGAAAAGGAUAUUUCAAGGCCUCUUCCUUUUUAUUUAUUUAUAUCCAUAAACGAAAGCAUUCUUGCUAUCAAAACAUAGAUUGCCGAUCACUCCCCUGUUAUAAAGACAGGUGAAAAUUACGUUUAUAUUCGCUAAAUAUCGCGUAUAGUUCAGUAAUGGCUCGUCCCCGGCCUCGGGAGUACAAAGCCGGAGAUCUGGUUUUUGCGAAAAUGAAGGGAUACCCACACUGGCCAGCGAGGAUUGAUGAACUCCCAGAAGGAGCCGUCAAGCCCCCCGCGAAUAAAUACCCCAUUUUCUUCUUUGGCACUCAUGAAACUGCAUUUUUGGGCCCAAAGGAUCUCCUUCCUUACAAGGAGUAUAAGGAGAAGUUUGGAAAAUCAAACAAGAGGAAAGGAUUCAACGAGGGCCUGUGGGAGAUCGAGAAUAAUCCCGGGGUCAAGUUUACUGGCUAUCAGGCCAUCCAGCAGCAGAGCUCCUCGGAAACGGAGGGGGAGGGGGGCAACGCCGCUGACGCGAGCAGCGAGGGCGAGGAGGGCGACUCCAUAGAGGAGGAUGACAAGGGGAAGCAGAAGGGAGACAAGGCCGGCUCCAAGCGGAAAAAGACCGCCUCCUCCAAGAAGUCAUCCAAGCUGUCCAGGAAGUCCUCAGGCGAGGAGGAGGAGCUGGACAAAGAUGACGAGGAGGACAACCACAAGAGCAGCUCGGAGGCCGGGGACCCCGACAACGGGAUGAGAAACGCCUCAGAGGGCAGGAAUGCCAUCCAAGGGACUCACUUACUCAGAGAAGAACACUAAGUGUUGAGGAUGCCCCUUUAGGGAGGUCAUCAGUUGUGGCUGUCAAGUGUUAUUGGAAUUGUGAAACUCAUUAAUAUUCCCGCUGUCUACAGUGAUACUCAUUUCAAACCAGGCUUCUGGCCUAUACCUCCUCAUUCAAAGAAUUACCAUCUUUUCUACCACUAUGACACGAAACCCUUCUUCUAUUGACCUGCGGGUCAGUUCAGCUGAAUAGCUCACAGUAACCCAACAUGUAAAAAUCACUAAUACAUAUAGCUAGGGCAGUUCUGUACGACUUUUUAUCCUAAUACAGUCUUUUCUUUUUCAAACUCGAAACAAAAAAAAAAUAUAUACAUAAUAACUUUGAAGUAGUUCUAGAUUUUAAUGUAUAGCUUCAGUUGUUGGACUGACUCAGCAUAUGCAUAUCACAGUUAGUGUUAUCACAGAUAAGUUUGUUUCUUUUUAGUUUGCAGAGACUCUCUGAAACCAAACACCACCCCUUGCUCAUUGUAGAAUAGUUAAAACUGCAUUUUCAUACAAUGGAAAAGUAGAAUGGAUUCCAUGAUGGAACAUUUGUGAGUUGAACGUUCUCCACAGUACAUUCUUCCUUGUAAUCAGAAGAAAAUUGAAUGGAAAAAAGUAGAAUAAAUGUAUGAAGUAUUGUGCACAAACUGAGUUACACUUUGUAACUCAAUAUUAUAUCUAUAUAUAUUAUUUUGCUGUAGAAUAUAGGACCAAGAGUAUUCAAUGAAACUCUAGGCAAUGGCUCAUCUUUUUACAGAAAAGUGGAACAUUAGUUUUCUGUGUAUCUGUGGAAUGAAUUAUGUUUUUAAAAGCUUUUUAGUGGAAUGCAUGACCAUUGUACACAUCGUGUGACGUGGAGGUAAUCCCAGUUAAUCAGAUGCCAGUAUCCAAUUACCUGCAGUUAACCAUUUGCACUACUCCCGUAGUACAGAUUCACCACUAUUUCAGAACACAGCUGUUUGCAAAAGCACCUUUCCUGCUAAUGAAAAUCCUCAUAUUUAGGCGAGACUGCACUUUUAAAAUGGGUGCAAAAUGGGGCAU